AAAACUCGAAAAUUUUGCAGCCUAAUCUCUAGCUGUAUUGUCUGGAUUUCAACGAAUGUGAAACCUCGACGCGCAAGGACAGCAUUCACAUACGAGCAGUUAGUUACGCUCGAAAACAAAUUUAAAACCACUCGUUAUCUAUCCGUUUGUGAACGUUUAAAUCUUGCGCUAGCACUCAAUCUGACUGAGACACAAGUAAAAAUAUGGUUCCAAAAUAGACGAACAAAAUGGAAGAAACAAAAUCCAGGGAAAGAAGUAAACGUCCCUACAGCCAAUCCAUUUUCAGCAAAAAUGUACACAUCACAGUAA